UCCCCGAACCUAAAAUUUUUCAUUUCAACAAAUUUCAACCAAAUUUAAAAUCAAAAAUGAGUGAAAUUAAGAUUGAAUUUGCAGUACAAAUGUCAGGUGAAAAAUGUUCAGAAAAAGUUAAAAAAUCACUUGAAGGUGUCGGCGAAAUAAGUAUUAAUUUGAAAGAAGGUCGUGUUGUUGUAACUACAAAACAUCCAUGGUCAGAUAUUCAAGAUAGAAUCGAAAAAACAGGCAGAACAGCAGUUCUAUGUGGUUUUGGUGGAAAAUCUGCAGUUGCAAUGAUAAACAACUCUGAUUCAAAAAGUCUAACAAAAGUCCAAGGCGUAGUUAGAUUUUCAGCAAUAAACAAUGAAGAAAGUGGCUGUGUGGUUGACGGGGUUAUAGAUGGUCUCUCGCCUGGAUUACAUGGAAUCCAUUUACAUGAAUGCGGUGACAUAUCAGCUGGAUAUGAAUCACUUGGUGGACAUUAUAAUCCUCGGGGUUCCCCACAUGGAUCGCCAGAGAAUUCUGCAGAUAAAAGACAUGUUGGUGAUUUGGGAAAUAUUCGAGCUGAUGAAGAGGGUCGUGCCACAUUCCGAUUUAUUGAUCCUUUGGUUGAGGUAUGGGAUAUAAUUGGUCGAUCAGUUGUGGUAACAGAAAAUCCAGAUGACUUAGGUCGUGGGGGUAACGAAAGGAGUCUAAUUGAUGGCAACAGUGGUGAUAGAAUUGCUUGUGGAAUCAUUGCACGAUCAGCGGGUAUUUUACAAAACUAUAAGAAAAUUUGCGCUUGUGAUGGUGUUACUUUGUGGGAUGAAAGAAAUAAACCUUUGGCUGGUGGUAAUCGUAAUACUAAUGGAAAAUUGUAAUUUUUGUUUAAAAUAAGAAUAAAAUAAUGUUAUAUUAAA